AGAUUUUCGAGUUGUAAAGGUUCGAAUUAUCGAAGUUCGAUUGUAUAAAAUAUACACGAAUAGAUCAAUUCUGACCUCCUCUGCUUCCUUUCCUUCUUUAGUUAUAGCGAUUAAAUUAUAAUUUUUUUCCUAUUCUGCCACUUUAAAUUACUUGAGCAAAUGGUUGUACGGAGAAUAAAAAGAUACUGCGAUCGUAGUUGAAUGAUUAAAGCGUAGAAUACAAAUUUUACUCAAGUGCCGUAAAAAUUUUUAUGAGUAUUGAAGGAAUGUUAAAAAUAGGAUUGUGAAAUUUACAUAGAAGCCCGACCAGUUUACUUUUGAAGUUAUUUUUGUCGAUCAUCCAUUAAGAUCGCUCCGUAGUGGUUUCGUGUUUUAAUUUGCAAGAAAAUUUUCGUUUUGUAAGGACGAAGCGACUCCAACCAAAGUCCACGAUGUAAACACGUUAUCGAUACAUUAGCGGUGACUUUCGAAGAAUUUGGUAGUUGAUCCCCAACCGCUGACGAGGUAAGACAAAUAAACAUAUAUAAUAUUGACCGAGUGAUUAUUCAAAUAUAACGGCCUUUUUCUGAUCCCGUGUGCCUUACAGUACAGAAAAUGUUUUCUGCAAUCUUUGCUUUUGUGCUUGUAACGGCAUAUGCUGCAGAGGAACUACCAUCCUACAUUCGUGUGUGUGGCCGCAAAAACCCCAAUUAUAAUGAAUGUCUAUCGGAUAGCAUCAACAUUGCAAAGAACAAGGUCUGUACAGGAAUGCCGGAAUUUGGCAUUCCUCCGAGUGAGCCACUGACUGUAGACAAAGUAGUUUUUUACAACAGUGAUAAUCUUAAACUGAAUAUCGAAGAUGUAAAAGUAACAGGAUUUUGUAAUUUCGAAGUAAAGUCCGUUAAUACAUCCUCUGAUAGGCUUCACUUCGAAAUUGAUGUUGUGCACAAACAUAUUCAAUUGGUCUCCAAGUAUGACGUCGACAUACGUAUAUUGGUGCCACUUAUUAAUAAGGGACUAGUUCACAUUUUUUUAGAUAAUCUAGACUCAAAAUUGAUCCUAGACUUAAAAAUAGAAACUAAAAAUAAUAAAACAGAAGUAUAUGCAUCGAAAGUAAACGUUAAUACUUAUAUUAAAUCAUUCACAUUUGAGUUUGAUAACAGCAUGAAGGACUUGAUUCAAUUACAUGAAGGUAUUAGACAAGUCGUAAACAAUAACCAACAGGAUUUUCUCAAUAUAAUUGAGCCAGUAAUGGAAAAGAAGAUCUCCGAAAUAAUCGUGUCAGUUAUUAACAAGAUCACCUACAAAAGAAUGGAGCAAGUGUUUCCCGACAAGCCAUAAAUGGCAUAAUAAAUUAUUUAGAACUCUGGAAAUUUUUCUGUUAUUAAGACGCUAUUAUGCAUUUUA